AUUACAUGCUGUCAAGAAACCACUCUCACAAACAUACCGUGCAUCAUUCAAACAAGAGAUGAAACACAUGCUCACAAAUAAUAAUAACGGAGAGGUGAACUUAAGUGGAACACUUAAGACACUAAAAAGAAAAGCAAGUACUGGCAGUGCAUCAGAUGGAGAGAUUGAAAAGUUCAUCAAAGAUGGCUGCUACUCACUUUGGACAGAGAUGGGGGAAGAAAAGAGUGGGCCCAAAUGCAAACAAAUUCAAGGGGAAGGAGCGCAUGUGGAUGUUAUGGGGUAGUAAGUGGGGAUGCCAUGAAAAGAAAUAGUGUAAGGGCCAAACCCUUAAUCUUUGUAAAGGUUACAUAUUUAGACUUAACAAGGACACUGUAAAAUAUGUUUUUUAUUUUUAUUUUAGUUGGAAGUAGAUGCAAUGUUAAGGAUUUUAAGAUAACAAUGUUAUUUUGUGGAAAAACUAAUUAUUCAAAGCUCUAAUAUGUAAUUAUUAGAAGGGCACUGUAUAAAGCACAGAGAGAAAAAAAAAAAGAAGAAAUAAAUGUUGAAUAUUAUAAAAAAAAUUAAACACAGACACAAAAAAGUUGACUCACUUAAUAGAAAUUACAUACAUUUAUUAAUAUAACAUUUAUCUGAAAUAGAUAUAUUAUUUCAUAUAUUUUUAGUAAACUCAUAAAGCCUACCAAUAAUCAAUCAUCUUUCCAGCUUUGGAUUGUUAGUUUCCUUGAAUAAGACGUCAGCCCGUCAUUAACCUGAGGAAGAAAGAAAAUCAUAUUUUCAGUCUGUACCUGCUGCAGUGUGCAGAUGUUGAGGGCGCAUCUACACUGAGCACAGCGGUAGUGGGAGGGCCAGACUCUCAUCAUUACGGGAAACAUUCAUUUAUCAGCCAAACGCUCUCGCGGUAUGUUGAAUAUCCACAGGUCGACACAGCUGACGCUCUGUGCUUGUUUGCAUGACGGGUUUUGGGAAGGGAGAGUGAAAUAAGUCGCAGUCAGCCGGCAUUCACAGCACACAGCAAUGAGCACUAGGACAGGUGGUAAAAUUCUGAAAUGACUGACUACCUUAAAAGUGCAGCACUAUUGCGGUCUAGGCCCUUGCACACUAAAGAGUAGCGCCGACAGUCAUGAGAACUGAAGUUUUUAUUCUGCAGCAGCCGAUGUCUGUGUGUGUACCACCAAACCAUGAGGUGACCUUAAGAGUUCAAGCAAUAGGCACUGGUGCAUUAAAGUAUCAGUGGUUUGAUAAACAUCAGACAGAGGUGGCAGGUGGGACAGACCCCGAGCUCACCGUCUCUCUCCAGAGAUCUGGAAAAUAUAUUUGUAGAGUGAGCGACCUGCAUUAUAACUAUCAGUUCACAGAAUGGGUAAAAGUGAGAAUCCUAGAUGAACCAGGUGUUUCUCACACAUGGAGAGGGGAACCCCAUAUUGUCAUUUACCCAAUAAGCCAAAGAGUAAAACCAGGGGAGACUUUCACUCUUAAAUGCAAAGCUUUAGGCAAGCCUGCGCCUGCCUACCAGUGGUACAGAAAUGGUCUCAUCCUUCCUAAACAGACCACAGAAACACUUAGGAUAGAAAAUGCCAGCGCAGACACUGUGGGCUCAUACCUCUGUGCUGUGUCAAAUAUUUUGGAGGAGAGAUGGUCUGAAGCAGCUGAGAUUGAGAUAGCACCUCCAGAUCCAAAACCAGAGCCCACGCUUAUGGCAACCGACAAAGUGGCAUUACUGAUUGGGAACCUGAACUACAGCAACCAUCCUGGUCUGAUGGCCCCCACCAUGGAUGUUCAUGAGCUGGCCAAUCUCCUGCAACAGCUGGGCUUCAGAGUGGUCUCCCUGCUUGAUCUCACCCUUCAGGAAAUGCAUGCUGCCAUUGACAAGUUCUUGCAGCUGUUGGACCGUGGAGUGUAUGCUGUUUUUUACUAUGCUGGCCAUGGCUAUGAGCUCUCGGGCAGAAAUUACCUGGUGGCCAUUGACGCUCCACGACCCUACCGUACAGAAAACUGUGUGUGUGUACAGAAACUGAUGCACAGUAUGCAGAACAGAAAAGCCCAGCUCAACGUCAUUCUCCUGGACACCUGUAGGAAAUGGUACAAACAAAAAGGUCCUCUCUCUGAUAUUAAGCCUUCGGCUCCUCUGGGCAACACUGUGUAUGGAUAUGCCACGAGUGAAGAUGCAGAGGCUUUUGAGGUCCAGAAUGGUGGCAAGAGCACUGGGAUCUUCACCAAAUACCUGAACAAACAUGUCUUAAAGCCAGAGAGGGUGACCCGUGUCCUGGAGCAGGUCUCUGUGGAUCUGGGUAAGGACCCACUGGUGCGUGGCAGGCAGGUAGUAGAGGUCCGACACACUCUGACAGAGCCACGGGCUUUGACCGAUCCUGUGCGAACAUCUGGACACACCAUGGAGCUCCGCCGGCGGGAUGCUUGUUGGAAACAGGCUAAUGUUCUUCCUUGCCGGAGGUCUCUGGACUUUCUGUACUGUGGCGUUAAGGUGGAACUGAGUUUCUCUGCUCUGUUCUCCAAUGUCCUGGUUGUGUUUGCUACGGUGAAAAACUCAAGCGCUUUGGAUCAUGACUGCAUUCUGAAACUUGAGAGUGAACCAAAAAUGCAGGAUAUUUUCUCAUGUUCUGGUCGAUCAGAAGAAAUGGACAGUCUGCUUGGGAACAGUGCUGAAACUCCUGACUGCACCCUCAGAUUAUGUUGCCUUCAAAGACUUCAGGGAUCUCUGGUGAUCAAAGUGACAGUGCACUACACCCACACACAAACUAAAGAACAUCUCACUGAGAGCAAAGAGCUGGACAUAGGCAGGCCUCUCAUUGCCUCCUGCAAGAUGAAUCCGAUGAGGCCAGUGGACAGGAGACAAGAGAGUCGUGUCCAUACUGUGGACCACAUGUCCAACAUAAGAUAUCCUCAUCAUCAGAACCAUCCUCGACCCGGUCGGCCCUACACGCGCAAGGCUGAGAACCGAUUACAGAGUUCAGCCAAAUCCAGCUCCACGAGCAGCAAUGAACCAGAGGAGAAUGAUGAAAAUGACUAAUGAAUUCACUGUGAUCUUGCUAACCUCUACACACACACACACUGUGAGGCAUUGUUUUGAUGCAACAAAAGAUUUUUCAUACAUUGUUUCAUUUUUGCUUACUAAUUACCAGUUGCGAUACAGUAAAUGUGUUUGUGUGUGUGUGUGUGUGAGUGAGAGAGAGAGAGAGAGAGAGAGAGAGAGAGAGAGAGAGAGAGAGAGAGCAAGGAAAGGAAGACGUUCUCAUGCAAAUGUAGAAAUAUUUAUACAAAUUAUUUGUAAAUCAAAUUAAGUAUAAUAUUCAUACAUAACCAAUAAAGUACUACUUCUGGA